AUGUCACGACCUGCAGGCCGCACCGACUGGGCGGAAGAAGACGACGAGGAGUCUCUAACCUCCCUCCCACCCAACCAAGUCAUCAAGAACAAGGACGGAACCGAAACCGUCAUUUCGUACCGUAUUGAAGAUGGCAAGAAAAUCAAGACGACCCGCCGCAUCAAGAAGACCGUCGUCAAGCAAGUCGUAAACCCGCGCGUCGCCGAGCGAAAGCAAUGGGCAAAGUUUGGAGCAGAAAAGGGCAAGCCCGCGGGCCCGCAAACAGACACUGUGUCAGUGGCCGAAAAUAUCGUGUUCCGGCCAACGUCGAACUGGAAAGCCAGUACCGAGGACAAGGGUGACGAGGCGAAGAAGAAGGCGGAGCUCAAGAACGCAAAGAUUAAGUGUCGUAUUUGCCAGGGCGACCAUUUCACGACAAAAUGUCCCUUCAAGGACACCAUGGCUCCCGAGGGCGACGUGGCGCCCGCAGACAUGCCCGAAGACGCGCCUGGCGUUGGAGCCUCAGGAGGACUCGGUGCUGGAUCGGGAGGAUACGUGCCUCCACAUCUGCGCGGACGCGGUGGUGCUGGUGAGAAGAUGGGCGGCAAGUUUGACCGGGACGACAGCGCCACGCUGCGUGUUACCAACGUUUCCGAAUUCGCCGAAGAGCAGGACCUGCGCGACAUGUUUUCAAGAUACGGACAUGUCACGAGGGUUUUCCUGGCCAAGGACAGGGAAACCGGCCGUGCCAAGGGCUUUGCUUUUGUCAGCUACGCAGACAGGUCCGAUGCCGCCAAGGCGUGCGAGAAGAUGGACGGAUUCGGCUUCGGCCAUCUUAUCCUUCGUGUCGAGUUUGCUAAGAAGGCUUGA